AUGAAUGAGAAUACCAUUGAAAGACAGAUACGGGGUUCACCGACCAAAAAUGUAUUCAAAAGGCUCAGUACCUCUCCCAACAAGAAAUUGCCCACAAAUACAAACCGAAAGAACUCGACAAGACUCUCGCCUGAGAGGGUACAACACACUUGGGAGCGGCCUGUUGGAUACGAGGCAACGCCAAAAAGGCUACAAUCACCACCAUACCUACGAGAUUUUAAGCCUCCAGCUGGAACCUUGAGCGUUGAUCGCGUGCACUUCAAAAAUGAUCCGGAAGACAAUUCCAUACAACUUUCCUUUCCAACGUCACCAAUAAGAACGACGUAUAGCAAUUCCACAGCACCAGGUGGUGACGGAUCUAUGAGCAGGAUUCGCACGAGGUUCGGUGGCGGCCUAAGGUCACCAGGAAAAAUGCCUACCGCAACCAUAAAUGCCCUCACAACAUCAGUCAAUUCAGCUCGAAACCUGCUUCCUGAACUUCAGGAGCAGGACGAAGCAGGUUUGGAAAGCAAGAAUAGAUCUCCUGGCAAUAAUAUCAUUUCAAAACAUAGGUCUAAUAUCCCUACGAGUUCCGCAAACGAUGGUUUCAAGAUACGAAAACCUAGAUAUUUGAUUCCGAAGAAAAGCGUCAAGUUUGAAUCCGACCUGGCGGACAACGCUGUUCAAGAGCAGCUAUCGAAGAUAGUUUCUAUGCUUACUGAAAUUAUAGAGCGACAAGACCGGCUUGAGGCCAAAGUUAGUUCGAUGGAUCGCGCACGCAAAUCAUGA